AUGAGCUUAUCUCUGAGUCUGUGGAGGAGAAAGCAGGUGUGGAUACAAUGGAAUCAGUCCUUAGGGAUCUGGACGAUUGGAGUGAUGAUGAUGAGCAUGAGGAAGAAUCUGUGGAGAAGGUAUCAGAAAUCAAGGCUCGCUACUAUGAGGAGCUGGGCACUAGUGCGACAAAACCAGUAUCAUCUUUGACACAGUCCCCGGUGCUAGAACUUAAACCAUUGCCUAGCCAUUUAAAAUAUGCCUAUCUUGGAAUAGAUGAUACUUUGCCAAUAAUUAUCUCUUCUUCCUUGACAGGUGAUCAGGAGCAACAGCUCCUAAGCGUGCUGAGAGAGCACAAGGAGGCAAUAGGAUGGACUAUUGCAGAUAUCAAAGGGAUCAGCCCUUUGAUUUGCACUCACAGGAUAAUGUUGGAAGCUGAGUGCAAACCCAUAGUGCAACCACAGAGGCGACUUAACCCAACUCUCAAAGAGGUAGUGAAGAAAGAAGUGCUUAAACUGUUGGAUGCAGGUAUUAUCUAUCCUAUCUCAGAUAGUAAAUGGGUUAGUCCUGUUCAAGUAGUGCCCAAAAAGGGUGGUAUGACUGUGGUUAAAAAUGAGGUCAAUAAAUUAAUCCCGACUCGUACUGUGACUGGGUGGAGAGUUUGUAUAGAUUACAGGAAACUAAAUGAUGCUACCCGUAAAGACCAUUUCCCCCUCCCCUUCAUUGAUCAGAUGCUAGAAAAACUUGCAGGGCAUGAUUAUUAUUGUUUUCUAGAUGGUUAUUCUGGUUACAAUCAGAUUCAUAUAGCACCCGAGGACCAGGAGAAAACCACAUUUACUUGUCCUUAUGGCACUUUUGCCUUUAGGAGAAUGCCUUUCGGUCUCUGUAAUGCACCUGCCACUUUCCAGAGGUGCAUGAUGUCUAUAUUUUCUGACAUGUUAGAGAAUUUUAUUGAAAUAUUUAUGGAUGAUUUCUCUGUUUUUGGGAAGUCAUUUGAAUCUUGUCUGACAAAUUUAGGCUGUGUGCUUAAAAGAUGUAAGGAGACUAAUCUGCUUCUGAACUGGGAGAAAUGUCAUUUUAUGGUAAGAGAGGGUAUAGUCUUAGGUCACAAGGUGUCAAAGAAAGGGAUUGAAGUUGAUCGAGCAAAAGUGGAGAUAAUAGAGAAGUUGCCACCACCCACUUCAACAAAAGGAGUAAGGAGCUUCUUAGGACAUGCUGGCUUCUACAGGAGAUUUAUCAAGGACUUUUCUAAAAUCUCUAGACCUCUUUGUAAUUUACUUGAAAAAGAUUCUGCUUUUGUUUUUAAUGACAAUUGUUUGCAGGCAUUCAAUUUAUUGAAGGAGAAACUCACUUCUGCACCAGUGAUCGUUGCACCUAAUUGGGAGCUUCCGUUUGAGCUGAUGUGUGAUGCCAGCGACUAUGCUGUAGGAGCAGUACUUGGGCAAAGGAGAGGUAAGGUAUUUCAUGCAAUAUACUAUGCUAGUAGAACUUUAAAUGAGGCCCAAAAGAACUAUGCCACAACUGAAAAGGAGCUUUUAGCAGUCAUAUUUGCAUGUGACAAGUUUCGGCCUUAUCUGAUAGGUUCUAAGAUCAUAGUAUACACAGACCAUGCUGCCCUGAAAUAUUUGUUUGCCAAAGCUGAUGCUAAACCUAGGCUAAUUCGUUGGAUUCUACUGCUACAAGAAUUUGACCUGGAAAUUAGAGACACAAAGGGAACUGAAAAUGUAGUGGCUGAUCACUUAUCCCGUUUGGAAUCUGAUUGUUUAGAUUCACCCAUUAAUGAAAAGUUCCCUGAUGAACAAUUGCAUGUAGCAGAAAUCCAAGGAUUACCUUGGUAUGCUGAUAUAGUCAAUUACAUGGUUAGCAACAUCACACCAUAUGGUUUGUCAUCUCAACAGAAAAAGAAAUUUUUGCAUGAUGUGAAAUACUAUUUUUGGGAUGAACCAUAUCUGUUUAAAUAUUGUGCUGACCAAGUAAUUAGACGCUGUGUGCCUGAAACUGAGACUUGUGGACAGGUUGAGGUGUCCAAUAGGGAAAUAAAGCGUAUCUUAGAGAAAACAGUCAAUGCAUCUAGGAAAGAUUGGUCUUUAAAACUUGAUGAUGCAUUGUGGGCUUACAGGACAGCUUUCAAAACCCCCAUAGGAAUGUCCCCAUACAAGAUUGUUUAUGGUAAAUCAUGUCACCUACCAGUAGAGCUUGAGCACAAAGCAUAUUGGGCCAUAAAAUACCUUAACUUUGAUUUACAAGCUGCAGGUGAAAAGAGAUUGCUCCAAUUGAAUCAGAUGGCUGAGAUGAGAGAGGAAGCAUAUGAAAAUGCUAGGAUAUACAAGGAGCGAGCCAAGCGAUGGCAUGAUAGGAACAUCCUAAAGCGAGAGUUUUUGCCUGGUCAGAAAGUCCUAUUAUACAACUCUCGCUUGAAGUUGUUCCCAGGUAAGUUAAAAUCUCGAUGGUCUGGACCAUUUGUUAUUUCUAAUGUUUUUCCCUAUGGUGCAGUUGAGCUGAAGUCAGAAGAUGACCGCACUUUUAAAGUAAACGGUCAUCUUCUCAAGCAUUACUUUGAAGGGGAAAAUAUUGAUGGUGAUGCCACUACGGUGGAUCUAGCAAAUUCGGUUGAAGAAUUGGAAAAGUCGAACUAGCGACUAUAAACUAAGUGCUUCAUGGGAGGCAGCCCAU